GUGGUCGCGGGAACUUUGGCACUUCGCGUUAACUUCUGUAAAGAAAGUACAAUGUCCCAUCGCUAAGCAUGGACUACCCGCGGCAACUAGUGUUAUUCAUAUUAUUCUCAAAAUGUGUUUCCGUGAACAUAAAUCGAAUAGAAGUGCCUUAUUUAGUGGAAAUGGGUACGGAGUCGGUUAUUUUGGACUGCGAGUACGUGAUGAACGCAGCCUCGGGACCGGGGCUCGUAGUGAAAUGGUUCUUCAAUGGUUCGUCUGGUCUAGUAUACCAGUGGAUUCCACCGAUGUUGCCACAAGUCAUAGGUCUCCUCAAAGGGAAAGUUGACAUGAAUUUUCGAAUUUCAGAUGAGCCGCUACAAGCGUAUAGAGCACUGAAAAUAAUAAGACCAACAACUGAUUUAAGUGGAAACUAUACGUGUGUAGUAUCAACGUUCAUUGAGGAAGACCGACGAACAAGAUCCAUGUUAGUUUAUAGCACGGGUAAAAGUUUCCAUUUCGUCCAAGAAAAACGAUACGUCUUCAUUGUAAGUUUAAUUUGCUUUGCCGAAGAUCUAUAUCCAAAACCUACAAUGAAUAUUAUGUCACAAAGUAAGCUCUUAAAACAAGCUUCUACCGAGAUAAAGAUGAAUUCAUGGGGUCUUUACUCAAUUGAAACAAAAGCAGUCGUACACGACGAUGACGUCAUGACUCCAUGGGAAGAGUUCACCUGUAUAUUAAGUUUGCCGUCAGCCAACUACACUGAUAGCCGUACUACCAUAUACUAUCCAGGUUUAAUGCCGACUGCUCAAAUAGCUGCUAUUGAAAUCGGAAGGCCUCAACAAAGACAAAGCAAUGAUAGUUCAACGACCUCUUCGGCUAGAAUAUUUCUGCUAUGUUCGCUACUAUUGUUUAUCAAGUAAUAUUUAUUUAAAAUUUUAAAAAUGUGAUUGAUAGCG